AAGAGCGUCGGCCAACCGUAUAUAAGCCACGAGAGGGUGACCAAUUAGCACUACAUGUUGUGAAAUAACCAAAGUAAUAGCACGGAUAAACAUGGCCAAGUUUAUUAUCAUCACGUUAGCGUUAGUCGCUGUUGCAGCGGCGUAUCCAGGCGGAUAUGGAGGCUUCGGCCACGACAGUGGCUUUGGAGGCAUACAGGGCGGUGGUCACGGAGGCAAUGGAGGUCAUCAGGAUGGAUUUGGUGGCGAUAACGCAGGCCAUGAUGUUAGAUUUGGCGGACAUGGCCAAAUAUCUGAAGGUUUCCAUGGCAGCCAUGAUAGCGGAUUAGGCGGCGGUCACGGUAAUCAUGGCGGACACGAGAACCACGAUAGCUACGGUCACGGUAAUCAUGGCGGAUUCGAGGACCACGAUAGCUACGGUCACGGUAAUCAUGGCGGAUUCGAGGACCACGGUAGCUACGGUCACGAUAAUCAUGGUGGACACGAGGACCACGAUAGCUACGGUCACGGUAGUCAUAGCGGAUACGAGGACCACGGUAGCUACGGUCACGAUGGCCACAAAAGUCAUGGCAAAUAUUAAUAUGUAUCAUAAGUUAUUAAAUAAAUGUUUGUGAUAUAUAGAUAUUUUUUUUUAAAUGUGCGAUUAAUAUUUUGAUUAUAACUUUUGUCUAAAAAUAAGACGAGAUUAAAAACGAAUAAAUUCAGUGA